AUGCAUGCUUCUGUGAGGUCGUUCAUGGAGACGAAUUUUGCCUCCCUCCUUCAUGCAGGUGAGCUCGACUUGGAAGGCCAUCAUCAGUUGUGCCGUGAUCAUGACGUCGAGAAUGACCCCCCUGAAGGUGACCCUUUCAAAGUUGGAUCUUCCUCCACUGCUCUCGCCCUGUGCGGCCCUUUCAAGUCUGGGGGUUGUCUGACAAGACAAGGUUUUUUUUGGUAG